AAGAAGACCUGCAGUGUUUUGCAAGAUUGGCCUCAGAGCAAUAUGUAACCUGCAGGAUGAUGGCCUGUUAUGUAUGUGCAUGCCACAGUGGGACAGAGCGAAGACCAAACUACUCUCAUCCCCGGCAGUAUUACAUAAACGUCAGAAAGUCAUGUUCAAAACAAGCCAUCUGAUUCCGCUUUAAGUGAGCCCUGGCGGCUGCAGCAAGUGGUUUUGACGGACAGAGCGGCGUUUGGUUUUCAUUAGAUUGUCUCGACACUGACCCCCUGCCCCAUCUACAGUAAUAUGAAACCAGCCCUCUGGCAGACGCACUGUGCGGAAGAGAGAGCCGAGCGGAGCUGAUGCAGUCUGCACUGCUUCCACUACCCGGUCCGCAGGCUGGACUGCGCCGCCGCCGCCGCCACCGCCGCACUCAGCACCAGGAGCCACUGUAACACAGCACCGGAACGUGCAAUGGCCAAGACGCUAUGUUGACACGAGCACCAGACGGUGAAUCUAUGUAGUCUUCUCUGAGGGAUUACCUAAGUUUACGCAGAGGCGACUGGGGCUUCGCUCCUCUGCUGGCUGCUGCUCUGCUCAGUCUGCUGGUCGCAGGGAUGCAACAAGCCACAGCGUUUCCCUCCUGGAGGUUAGAGGAAGAAGCUUACACCACUGUGUUGCUCAUCGGGAUCCGCAAAGAGGCCCGCUCGCAGGUGCUGCACCUCUCCAGGAACAAGCGCUACACCCUCACCCCGGAGCAGCUCAAGUGGGACAAGUUCAAGCUGACAUACAAGUUGCUCUCCUUCCCCACUAACUUGAUAAAUGCCAGCGACACGCGUCGGGGCUUUGCCAAGGCCUUUGGCAUGUGGAGCGACGUCUCGCCGUUCAGCUUCAGAGAGGUGCCAGCGGACCAAGAGGCAGACAUUAAGAUCGGCUUCUACCCCGUCAACCACACGGACUGUCUGCAGUCGUACUUGCACCACUGUUUCGACGGCAUCACGGGGGAACUGGCUCACGCGUUCUUCCCGCCGACUGGCGAGAUCCACUUCGACGACCACGAGUACUGGAUUCUGGGAAACAUGCGGUUUAGCUGGAAGAAAGGGGUUUGGCUGACGGAUCUGGUCCAUGUGGCGACUCAUGAAAUCGGCCACGUCCUGGGACUCAUGCACUCCAUGGACCCGAAAGCCAUAAUGCACCUCAAUGCAACUCUGACGGGGCGGAAGCUCAUCACACAGGAUGAGGUGUGGGGCAUGCACCGUCUCUACGGAUGUUUGGACCGGUUAUUUAUCUGCCCGGCCUGGGCUCGGAAAGGCUAUUGCGACAGCAAGCGCAAGCUGAUGCAGAAGCACUGCCCCUCCAGCUGUGAUUUCUGUUACGAGUUCCCGUUCCCCACUGUGGCUCCCACCCCGACACCCCUGAGGACCAAACACAAGCUGGUCGUCGAGGGCAAGAAGCUCACUUUUCGCUGCGGGAAGAAGAUAGCGUCGAAGAAAGGCAAAGUAUACUGGUACAAGGACGGGGAGCUGCUGGAGUACUCUCACCCCAACUACAUCUCCCUGAAGGACGACCACAUAACCAUAGUGGCCAACGCCAUCAACGAGGGCACAUACACCUGCAUCGUGAAGAAAAAAGACAAAGUUCUCACAAACUACUCGUGGAGAGUACGUGUGCGGUUCUGAAGGCCCCCGCCGGCUCCUCUGCACACUGAACAGGACACAUUCACACACAUGCGGUCACAAAGAGACCUCAUUCACAAGGGCACAUACGGUUUUUUUUUUUUAAUACUGUUUUUCUUGUAUCUUCCACAUAUACCUGUCUACCGUCGAUUCUCAUGUGUGUUAAGGUGUUUUGAUGUGUGCAAAUAAAUGUUCUGUGACAAGGAGAA